AUGGCGUUAUCGCUAGCGUUCACCGCUUACAAACGGCAUUUCCAUCUUCAUCUUGUGAGGGAUACAGAAACUUUCACGCCUGAUUUCACUGCUGUUGAUGAAACACAUCAAAGAAUUGAUUAUGACUUAGCCAAGGUAUAUCGAGGAUACUUAAAGGGUGAAAAGAAUUCUGCUGUAUACGGAGUUCUAAAUAAUGGCGUUUUUUAUGGCAAAAUCUACCACAAUGACGAAGAAUAUUAUCUUGAUCCUGCUGAACAUUACUUUAAGAAAGUGCCUUUCCAUUCAGUUAUAUACAAGGGAAGCGACAUACACUAUAAGCAUCAAGGUGGAAAUGCCACAUGUGGGCAUAAUAAUUGGCGCUUAGUUCAUCCGGAUUAUCAAUUAUGGCAUCAUGGCAUCAUGUCUAAAAGUAGCAGAACUGAGUCCAUUUCAGCAUCAUCCGCUAAUAGGAAGAAACGAAAUGUGCUCAAUUCUAAUGCAGAUUCUUGUCAAAUUCAAAUGGAUGCCGAUCCUUACUUUACGCAACAAUAUGGAGGGAGAAUACAAGCUGUUGAUAGAUUGGUACUGCAUGCUCAGGCUGCAGAUUUAAUGUAUAGAAGAACAGAUCUUGACGGUGACGGGGUGACUGAUAAUGCAAGGAUUAAAGUCAAGAAAAUGCGAAUAUAUACGACUGUCGAUAAAAACAAUGUCUUGCACAAUAAUAAUCUUGGAGUCAAUGCUUUGUUAAAGCUCUACUCGCAAAAUAAUUACAAUGAAUUCUGUACCAGCUUUCUAUUUACCUAUCGCACUUUCCAAAAUGGAGUACUAGGAUUGGCCUAUAUUGGGUCAAUUUGUAAUAUCUACGCUUUUACUGCCGCCAAUACCCAACAAAGCACAAAUUGUGGAUUAGUAACAACACAAAAUUCUGGUGAAGCAGUUCCACUUCGUGCUUCUGAAGUUACUUUCGCUCAUGAAUUGGGACAUAAUUUCGGUGCCCAGCAUGAUAACACCUAUACAACCCAAAAAUCAUGCUAUCCUGGUGGUCUGGAUGGAAACUAUAUUAUGUAUGCAUAUGCUACUACUGGUAACUUAAAGAAUAACAACUUUUUUUCCAGCUGUAGCAGAACUGCCAUGACUAAUGUUUUACGUGUAAAGGCUGCCUCAUGUUUCAAGGCUAGUACUGCGUCAAUUUGCGGUAAUGGCAUUGUUGAAACUGGCGAAGAUUGCGACUGUGGUGCUCACUGUGAUAUUGACAAAUGCUGUAACCCGGCUGGUAGUACAAAUCAAUGCAAAUACGCAACUAACGCUCAGUGCAGCAUCUCCAACGGUCCGUGCUGUAACAAUGCUACUUGUCAAAUUAGACCUGCGUCUGACAGUUUCGUUUGCCGUACUGAAACAGACUGCGCUAGCAUCUCUCGUUGCAGUGGAUCUGUAAACUGUCCUGCUCCAACAAAUAAACCAGAUAGAACUAGAUGUAACAAAAAUCAAAAGCUCUGUUCCAAUGGGGAGUGCACUUUAUCUCUUUGUGAGUUGCAAAACAUGGCAGAAUGUAAAUGCUCUAGUUCAAGUGAAGCGUGUCAUCUCUGUUGUCAAUCGAAAUCUGGUGGAACUUGCAUAUCCACUUAUACAAUGACUACUCUUUUCAAUAAAACUAAUGUCCCGCCUGGUACCUCUUGUGCUAAUAUGACUGGAUACUGUGACAUCUUUAGCAAUUGCCGGCAAGUCAACGAAGCUGGACCUCUAUCUACGUUAUUGAAUAUAACAACUCAACAAGUUUUGGAUUGGGCUGCAAGGAAUUGGUGGAUUAUAUUAUUAGUUUGCUGUUCGGUAGUGCUCGGUUUUGCGAUAUUUAUUCGCUUUGUAGCACCAUUGAUACCAUCUGAUAACCCAGGACGCAUAGAACCUAUUGCAUGCGGCUGCUGUGGCUGCAGUAAUCAGAGAAAGAAAAAGAAUCCAGUGGCAAUAGCUGACGACAACAUUAAUGACCAAAGAGUAUAA